CUAAGUUGGAAAAAUAUCUCAGAAAGCAUUUCAAGGAGUUCAGACACAUUUAUUGUUAUCCAGUGCCGCAGGUAGUUCAUCCUAUACAUGAUGAAACUUUUUACUUGACUGUUGGGCAUAAAAGGAGACUAAAGGAAGAAUACGGGAUUGAACCAUGGACCUUCGUUCAAAAAUUAGGAGAUGUUGUUCUCAUACCAGCUGGCUGCCCACAUCAAGUUAGAAAUUUAAAGUCAUGCAUUAAAGUUUCUGCUGACUUUGUUUCUCCUGAAAGUAUUCCUGAAUGCAUUAGAUUGACUGAGGAAUUCCGUACUCUUCCCCAGAAUCAUAGGGCCAAGGAAGAUAAGUUGGAGGUAAAAAAAAUGAUCAUUUAUGCAGUGAAAGAAGCUCUGGAUGAUCUUCGGGGAUGUAUUUUAUAGGGUUGAUAAGUAAUAGAUGAUGUAGACGAGGAAGAAGCAACAAAGCCUUUUCUGUCUGGAGAUGACUUUCUUUGUUGGUCAGCUGCUAAUCAUUUUCUUUGUUGAAUGAUGACUUCUGGAAGGAGAGCUCAGAUGUUUUUCUAUCAUGCUGCAGUGUCC